AUGGAAACGUGGAAAACUUUCUCGUGGGGAAUAGUGUUCCUGUUCGUCCUGGCGAACCCGGCCGAAGGAUUGAAAAGAAAUCCCUUGAAGGAUCCUCGCAUAUGCGGUCGACCUGUGUGUGCCGACACGAAUGCAAAGUUCCACUACAAUGUGGGCAGUCUGUACAAGUUCGACUACUCGAUGUACGUGAAGACGGCGCUGUCCGGCAGCGGAGACAACACCUCCGAACUGCAUCUGUCCUCCGUGGUGGAGAUCGACUUCCAAGCGCCCUGCCAGGCUACCCUGAAGAUGUACACGAUCGAGGUACGUGAGCGCGCCCAGCAACCAGCGGAAGAGUCGGACGCCGACUACAGUGACGAUUACAACAAUGCGCCGGACCUGAGCGACACCUCUGGGGACGUGCACCCGAAGAGCGAGGUGAUCGCCGAGGAGCUGAUGCGCUUCGAGCUACGCUUUGCGUUUCACGAUGGCGCGAUCAGCGAAAUCUGCCACGAGGAGGAUGAGCCGGUGUGGACGUUGAAUCUGAAGCGUGGCAUCCUGUCGGCGCUGCAGAACACGAUGCCCCGGUUCGAUAUCGACUACGCGACGACCGAAACGGACGUGUCGGGGAUAUGCGACGUGAGCUACAAGGCGACCGGACGCAAUGGGACGAGUCUGCUGUUCCGGAAGUCUAAGGAUAUCGUGUCGUGCAAGCGGCGCUACAAGACGAUUUCGUUAAUUCAAACCGUGCCGUACGAUUUUCGACCGAAUUAUGUAGCUUGGCCAAUAUUGAACUCGACCAGUUAUUGUGAUAUUUCUGUCGAUAAUUCCAUCUACAAAAAUGUCGCUUGCUACGAGCGUCACCAGCUGGUGCCGUUCUCGAACGGGUUGGCUGGCGCCGUGACCGAAACCUACACCAAGCUCGAGCUGACCGACGAAGAGACGUACACUGAUGAUGGCCAGCAAAAAGAGGAAAUAGACAUUCAACGGCGAUCGACGCUACUGUACGACCACACGCCCUCGUUGCGGGACAGCCACGAUGAGAUAAAGGCGUCCCGGGAGCUCCUGAAGCAGCUGUGUGCCCUCGGCUUCCCGAACAUCAAGCGAGACUUUCCGGAUGUGUUCCUUAGCUUCCUCACGGCAGCUCGGGGUCUAUCGACCAACGCGCUCUAUCAGUUGCUGGCCCGCUCGGGAAGCAUCUGCGACAAUGGACGAAACCACAUCCUCGAGAGCCUGCCGUACAUUCGAAGCCCGGCAUCGGUGUCGCUGAUGAAGGAUCAGAUCGUGAAGGGCGAAGUUUCGUCGGCACUGGCCCGGGAGUGGAUGCGCUCCUUCGCAUACUUGACGCGCCCGAACGAGGAAGUGCUAGAGGCGAUGUUCGAGCUGAUCGAACACGGUAGUACGAUCGGUGAUCAGUUCUAUUUCCUGCCCGCUACGACGGUGGUACAUACGUUCUGCACCAUCCAUCCCGGGGACUGUGGGGAGGUGGAGAGUGUACAGCGCAUCGUAGACUUUCUGGGGUCGAAGCUGAGCGAUUCGCUUGCCGAUGAAGACGAGCUCGAACAGGAUCGUGCCAAACGUGCUAGUGUGAUCUUGCUUCUGAAGUCGCUGAGUAACAUGGGUGUGGUGAAUAAGCCGCUCACGCACGAACUGCGAGCGGUGAUCGAGGACGAGCGAAAACCGGCCGAGGUGCGGGUGGAAGCGGUGAACGUGUUCCGACGUCACGAUUGCCACCGAACGAAGGAUUACUUCCUGAAGGUGUACGGUACGUUCCAGCUAGACGUAGAGGUGCGUAUUGCCGCGUAUCUGCAGGCGAUGCGUUGUCCGGACUAUCUGUCGGUGAAGCUGAUCAAGCACGUCCUGAAGACGGAGGAGGUGAACCAGGUCGGUUCAUUCGUGUGGUCCCAUCUGACGAACCUUGCCGGCAGUGCGUCUCCGGUGCGCGUCGAGGCGCAGGGCCUGCUGGCGGAGAACGACCUGGGCAAGAAGUUCCGGCUGGACGUACGCAAGUUUUCGCGCAACUACGAGCAAACACUGUUCUUCGACGAGUACAACUUCGGAGUGACCGUGGAUAGCAACGUGAUCUUCAGCACGGAAUCGUAUCUCCCGCGCACGGUUAGGUUGAACUUCACAACGGACCUGUUCGGUGAGUCGAUCAACUUUCUCGAGCUGAACAUCCGGUCGGAGGGGUUUGAGGAUGCCGUGCAGGCGAUCUUUGGGCCACAUGGAUCGUUUAGUGCGAAGAUGGUGAACGAACAGCUGGUAAAGCUGCUCAAACUGGCACGCCAGUAUGUCCCGCAGCGACUCCUCGACCUGUUCGAGGAUGACCCAAUAUGGAGUGACGAGUCGGAGUCGGAAGACGGUCGCAAGUGGAAGCGCGAUACCCAACGCUUGCCGGCAGUGAUCGCGCGGGAGGUCCAAGAAGAGGCGGACCAACUCGGAUACCGGCUCAAGAGUAAUUUCAGCGAUCCACAGCUCACAAUUAGCGGCAAGAUCUUCGGCAAUGAGAUGUUCUAUUUUACCAUGGGCAGGGAGAUUUUGCAGCGCGACCUAAAGUGGGCCGUUGUCAAGAAGUUGUUCUCGGGCAAGGAGGUGUCCUACACGAAAUCGGGCGUCUUUCUCGACACAUCCUAUGAUGUCCCGCUCAGCUCGGGGCUGCCGUUGGCCCUUGGGAUCGUUGGUGCGUCUUCUGUGGACCUACGGAUGACGGGUGCGGCGCGGACAUUCGACAUCUGGCGUAAGAUGGUCGAUGUGGAAGGCAAGGUAAAGCCAAGCGUAACGGUGGACCUAACCGCGACGAUGCGUAGUGAUUUCGUCCAUGCCAGUACGGCGAUCAAGGUUAAGAGCAACGUGUACUCAAGCUCGGCCUGGGAAACGAAGCUAAAGGUUCGCGGGGCGGACCUAGCGGUACUGACAGUGAGUCUGCCACAGGAUCGCAACGAAAUCUUUAGCGUUCGCUCGGAGAUGUUCGUGCUGGCAGACGGGCGUGAGUUGAAACAGACCGGCAUCGAGCGGCGUUACACCAACUCGACGUGCACUUGGCCGUUUAUCGACCAAGCGAUCGGGCUGAAGGUGUGUGCCAACUACAGUCUACCGGAUGUCAGCAGUGGCAGCGAUGUGGACGUACCAAGUCUCAUCCUUAGCGGACCGGUCAAUUUCGAUUUUAGCCUUGACAAAGCGGACCUCACGGCAAAGGUUUAUCUGCUGAAAUACAGCUGGGAUGCGCGUGCCAACCAAUCGAUCGGGACGAUCGUCUUCGAGACGCCGCAUUCGCUGGUGCCACGCGUCUUCCGGGCAAACGUUACACUCGAGGCACAUCGUAAAACGGCAAUCAUGUCGUUCGUCAACGGUAAUAUUUCGCACAAGGCGGUCGGUAUGUACGUCCACAAUGCGGACCAGCACCGGCUGGAGCUGUCACUGAACGUGAACGAUCGUAAGUACCUGGCACUGGAGAUGGGUUACAAUAAGACGGUGGCGCGCAACGGCCGGAUGUAUCAUCCGUCGUUUUAUCUCUCGGUCAACAACGAACGGAUCGCCGGAAUGGGUGGCCAGGUGCGGCAGACCGAGAAGAAUAACAUUACGCAAUGGGACUACACGAUGGUGUUCGAGACGAAGCGGCUACGCGCGAAGGCCAUCGGUUAUGUGGCGAUAUCAUAUAACGCGACGUACAUGAUUCACAACUCGAUGGAGUACAGGUUCUCGGCAAGCAAACUGGAACACUUGGUAAUAAACGCUAUGGCGGAGGCCGUCAAGAAGGACGUAUCGACAUACAACGUUAACUUCGAUCUGCGUUCGAGUGCCUAUCCGCACUUCGAUGUGGCCCUCAACGCAACCUAUCUAGAAGGCACUGGCCGGUGUGAUUUCACGCUACUGCACAACAACGCGCCCGAUCUGCGGAACGAAGCGUACCGGACGACGAUUAAGGUGAUCUUCGCGCACGACAACCCGUACCGGAGUCAUGUGAUCCUGGGUCCGCAAAGCGACAAUCCAACCGAACGGACAAGCCUAUCGUUCGAGGUUACAAGACCUCGGUCGAAAACGGAUCUGAAGGCGAUGAUUGUCCACGAGAACAUGCUUAAGAAAGGAUUAGAACACAACGUCCGGUUGCUGGUUCGUUACGCUCCCAAGCGCGAAGUAACUGGCGUGGUCUCGUUCUUUAUACCACGCACGCAGCUUUUCUGGUUUGAUGGUGCGUUUAAUCUCACCGUUCCCGGAUUCCAUCCAUGCACCGUACAAAUACGGAUCAAAGAGAAGGCCCUGAAGGAACACAGUUUUGAUUUCCGUGGAGUUUGGUUUUCGGCACAUGCACUGAACGUUAGCGGGUGGUAUAAGGAUCGCAGCUCGAUUGUGAAAAGCUACCACCACGCCAAACUGGUCGCUCAAACGGGCCCAACGUUCCGCGAGGUGCUCGGCGAUCUGAAGUACAUCCGGGACGAAAACGACAACCGGCUGGACGUGCGCGCGAUGUACGAUAAGCGCCCGUACGGGAUUACGUUGCAUCACCGGCAGGGUCCGGAGAAUGGUACCAGCAGCUACGCGGAGCUACGCUGGAACGACGGAUUGUACUGGUUUUCGGCGCUGAUGAAGUCGGCCCCGAUUAAACAACUCGAUCUGGAGUUACAUAUUGACAAAAUUCGUGAUGUCAGCGUGUCUCUACGGGGCUACUCAACCACUCUGAAGCGUGAAGUCGGUAUAGAGUUAAAGUGGGACGCCAACCGUGACCCAACGCAGCGAAUAACUAUUUCUGGUGAAUUGAACACACCUACAGAUCGAACGUACGAUGGACUGUUUCUGCUGUCCUAUCCAAAUCGCACCUUCAGUGGCACGUUCGACCUCAAGCUGGUCGAUCCACGAUAUUUGGCCAACGCACGCAUCUCGUGGAACACAACGGAAGCGAUCGAGCUACGGCUAGACGCCGGAACGGACGAUGACGUUCUACGCAAUAUGUGGCUACUGUUCCAGCUGAACACACCAUUCAAUGGCUGGCGCCAUAACGCCCUUAAUGGUGGGUUCUACUUCAAGAACAAUCUGCUCCGCACGAACCUGUCCGCGCACUGGGCGGAAGAUCAAAAUCUCGGCCUUGCGCUGAUGGGUUACUAUAUGUCCAACGAGACGGACUUCAACUGCGAGCUGGAGACGAAGCUGCACAGCUCCAUCCAGCACGUCCCGACGGCCAUGCUGCACCUGAAGCACAAAACCGACCGGAAACGGAUAGAAACGAUCUGCACGGUGAACCACACGGCAACGGAUGAACCACCGCAAGUGUUUUCCGUGCGCUCCAACUGGCAAUAUGACGCGGACCGGCGGUACCGCAACGUGACGGGCUCACUGAAAAUGAUCAGCCCGUUCGAUGGCUAUCAAACAGGUGCCUUGGUAGCUAAGGUGUCACUUAGCGAGAGCCGUGCCAUUACCGGGGCGGCCGAUUUGCAGCUGGACGACGACAAGUACGAAAUGGUGGUCGUUGGGCACGUACGGAAUCUGGUCGAUUGUAUGCUGACGGCCAACGUAACCUCGUCGAACGAGAACUAUCGCAACAUAAAUGGACGCUUUGGGAUCAGUGAGAAGGAUCGCCACCUGGUGGCGGAAGUGAUCACACCGAAGAGUGCGCUCGGGGUGGAGAUCCUGUACGCGAUCGUGUCUUCGCAGAACUUCGAUGUUAAGUUUCAUCUUGCCACUCCGCUGAAGGACCUCGAGAAGGUUAUUCUGCGGGGCAAGCUUCAACCGGACAACAUAGAUUUCCGCGUCGGCAUGAACAGUAUCGUGCUGGGGUGCACAGGCGUCUGGAGGAAGGCUACCCUGCGAGACUUUGAGUACUCGUAUCGAAUCUAUACGCCCCUGCCUAAGUUUGAGGAAAGCGCCUUGAUCGUCAAGGUGGUGAUCAACACGGAGCGAUCGGAAUACAUCGACGUGGAGCUAUCAGGCAAGUUUUCCGAGUACAAGCUGGGUCUGAAGGCAGUCUCGAAGCCGAAACCCCGACUCAUCCGUCAACUGUUGCCGCAGACGGCCUCCUCAAUGGUGGAGGAAGAUCCGUGGAGCGCGGAAGAAUCCGACGGCGAGGAAGGCGAGGAUGACGAAGAGUACGAGGACGAGGAGGAUGAACAGGAGCUGCUUAACUUCAUCGGAGACAUUGAACUGUACACGAUCGUACUACCGACGAUCGAGGGUACGCUCGAGCUGACCGAACACCGAUCGCAGUACCGGGCGAUCGGUAAGAUAAAGCUCCCGCAGGGUGACAUCGACAUCCGCGAUCGGUUCUACCUGAAGGAUCUUCUUAACAUGCAGAACAAAUUGCGACUCAAGACGCCGUUCCCGGUGGCUAAGGAAAUUACGUCGGAAUUCGUGCUCAAGUACUCGUACCAGGCGACGGAUAUCACAGUUGGCAUGAACAUGAAGUUCAACAACCGCUCGGAAUGGGUAAACACGGGUUUCCAGGUGAACUACAAGUACCAUUUAGAUGAAGCGGAGGUACACAAACAUCAGGCGCUGGUCGAUCUAAUGACACCGAUGAAAAAUCUCCAGAAAGUAUUCCUGAACGGUUCGCUGGAACUAGAAGAUCACAGCUAUAAGGGAAAUCUGACUGCGAAAACGAUGACCACGGAUGCGUCACUGGCACUUUCAUUUGAGAGCGAAGAUCAGUUCAUCGAUACGUUUAUGAGUGUUUGGGUCCGUGCACCCCUCAUGCCGUACUAUGCUUGCCGUGUGUUCUACAAGCAGGACUUCUCCAAUACCGAAAACUCGAUGGAUCUCGGAUUUUUGGUGAACGAUGGUGACAUGUACAGCAAUUUCCGUAUCGAUGGCGUAUGGUCGUUCGCGAGCCCUCAUUAUCUCGUCGGAGCAGGAAAGUAUCAGUCGAACUUCCUGCCGAUCAAUUUGAUCAACACCGAGCUGAAGAUCACUCGAUCGCCACACCCACGAGCGUACUGGAACGUCAGGUUCAACGAUCAGAACGGCACGACGGAGGAAAUUAGAGCUAGUGCCGAGCGUAACCGGGAAAUGUUCACGAUCGAGUUAAGCGUACCGAUGGAAGCGUACAAAAACCUGUCCAUCCAUGGCCGAUUGCAGAAUCGGCGCGGCAGUGAGUAUACGGUGUCUGGCCAGCUGUACCGCAACGAGUACGUGUUCCAGCUUGAGGGAGACGCUACGAUUGUGGAAGACAUUCCAUACCGGGCCGAGCUAAAGUUCCAGCCGCUCGGUGCGGAAGGAUCAGAUGGUACGAUAAGCUAUCGGUGCGGACAACAAAAAAGCGUUACCGACUUCAAUCUCAAGCUGGAGAGCGGCUCGAAGUUGGCCAAACUGGAUGGAAGCUUCAAGCUGUCCGCCAUGUCCGACUGGUACAUAAAGCUCGGGGUGGAGUCGUCCGAAUCGAGCCUGAAAGAUAUUGACUUCUCGGUCGGCAUCGAACCGGAGACGAAUGGAAAGGCACUUGGAAAGUUUAACCUACGGUCGCCCUGGGCGCAGUACGGUAUCGAUCGUGCCGACAUAGAGCUGAUGUUCGACGUGAAGCCCAUCUCGGGUUCGGUGGUUGGACGGUACGCCAUUCGCGAACUAACCGGCAAUAGUAGCUGCCUGUGGAACUGGGCACUGAAAUCGGACAUGCAGUUUGCGCUCGAGAACCGCGUGCUACGAAAUUCGGUGGAGCGGUACUUCCGCACGGGCGUCCGCUACGUCAGUCCGGACGUGGAGAACAAUCAUAAUUUUACCUUCGGUGGAGACUUGAACUUGAACAACAUUUGGGUAUUCAAUGCAAACGCCUCGGUUGACUUCAUUUCCAUUCGCGACCUAUCGGCAGUCAUGACGGUAUUACUGCCAAAACCGGUCGGCGAUGUUCAUACGCUGGCGAUCGCGAUGAACGGGAAUCUACCCUUCGUGGAGCCGGUCAAAUCUUUCCACCUGGAAACUUCGUACGAGACGGAAGAAAGCCGUAAACGCUACGCGUAUCUCUCGGAGUACAGCUUCAUCGGCGAUCUGCGCACACUGUUGCGUUUCGAGUGGGGCCCGGACAUCAGGAAGCAGCGGAUACAGUCGAACUUGAAUAUGUUCCGCAUCGGUGACCGGCGGGAGUUGACGGCUCGACUGCGUGGUCCAUGGUACCUGGAGGAUGCUUUUACUGCCUACGGAACGUACGAUUAUAUCGAUGCGCUGUUUCUCGUCAGCGGAAACAUUUCCAUACCAGCAUCAACGAAAGUGGCGAGUGCGAACGUGGCCUUUAACAAUCUGUCCAACAUGAAGGGUGACGUUAACUGCACCACCCCGUUCCUGAACGUCACCUGGAUCCAUGGCCAGCUGGAGUUCAUUGAAACUCCGCUCGAGUCGAUACGCUACCUAAAGGGAACGUGGCCCGAAUCGAGUGCGGUGUUCGACGCAAAGGCAACCUACCGCAGUAACAACCAGGAUCGAGAGCAGCAGGGUACGAUCAAGAUAGAGGUUCCGCUGCAGACGAGACACUACGCCGAGGUGAAGUAUGGGCUGGCACAGCGACCAGCUAUUACCACUGGCCAUGCUGAGGUGGACUAUAACAGCCAGAAGGUGCUCAGCGGUCAGUACACGUCAAAGGAGGAAUCACGAGCUGGAUUUGAUAAGGAAACAAUCGAUGUUACUUUGGAGAACAACUUCAUGCCUGUAGGAGUGCAUUAUGUGCAUUCACUCAAUUUGCUAGACGCAGACGUACGCACACUGGACAUAAAGCGUGCCGAAGUGUUUCAGCUACGGAAUCAGAAGAAUUUCAACAUUACCGGCGAAUUGCACGUGCUGGACAAGGCUAUGGGUCGAGAGUACAUCGUUAAGGCGAUCCACCCGAACCGAACCGUGGUCCUGACUGCCGAUUUCGAGCAGGAUAAUAACGUCAACCGAAAGAAAUCAAAGCUGCAGCUUUCGCCGACCGUCUGGAUUGCGUACGACUUCCAGCUGGUCAACCGUUCGCGGGACGAUCUGGAGUCGCAAAACUUUACGCUACAGAUUUCCUACCCGAAACGAAACAUCUCCGCCGACGGGUGGUAUUCCUAUACGGACCUUGCCUUCGACUCGGACCUCACGCUGUCGUACAGUCCGAACCGAACGGAGGAGGACAGUGCGCCGCCCAAACAGCGUACGGUACGGGGAGCGAUUGUGUGGCGCGAUCUGGUCAAUAGUACUACCGGCGGACAGCAGCUACAGCUUGCGCUCGGUCAUCCGAGCUUCAAGCAGGACGUUACACUGGACGCACUGUACUUUACCAAUCCAAAGCAUUGGUUCAGCUCCAAUCUAGCGUUGCGCUACAAUGACGACGAUGAUCAUCUGCUGGCGAUGGGCUUCGAUUUGAACGAUCUGCGACCGAUCGUUGGGUACUGGAACUACUCGUACCAUCUGUACAGCAGGCAUUCGGCAUCCGAUUUGGAUCUGGAUUCGAUCGGAUCGGUUGGGCUGAGGCAUGGGCUGUAUGGUAUAAGCUCCAACUCUCACUACCAACGGGCCUAUCUCUCGCAGAUGCAAGGCCACGUGUUGGGUUCGCUGAACAUACAGGAGAAGGAACUGCAUUACGAGCGUAUAACUUCUCAAAGCAAGUACCGCAUAUGGACUAAAGCUGCCGGAGCCUAUCCCGUCUACAAGAUCAACGGAACCUUGCUCGACGGUACGGAAGUCGAUGCGAACGGCUUCUUUUAUUUAAACAUCGACGACCGAAUGGUGCAGAUGAAGAUCAACAUGACCCCGGACGGUUCGGAGAACGUGUACAUGUACGGCAUCAUACCCGACUCGCGCAGUGCGUACUUUGACUUCUGGCGGGAUUACGACAAUUCGCGCGAGGUGGACGUUACCUACUACCUCAAGAUGAACCAUUCCCGGCUGAUCACGGGCCACAUGCUGUGGCGCCCGCAGAUCAAAUCGGACCUGCAGGAAUGGGUGAAGGACUACUUUAGCCGGAUGCACCACACUUUCCUCGAGUACACCGAGUUCUGGAUCAAACACGUGUACCUCGAAACGAAAGACUCUACGACGGGCAUAUACGAGGCCGCGCAGCCGUACGUCGAGGGCCUGCUGGAGGACAUGGCUGGGCUGAGCGUGCUGCAGAAUGAUUUGGAAGAUCUACACCACUUCCUGAACGCGUCGUACGUGGCGGAUGAUUUCUACAUUCGGUCGGCCAUUAACUUCACCAUCACGGUGCUGGACGAGCUGGCGAUCAAGAAUAAGAUUACAUCGUUGCCGAAGAUCCUGACGGAGCUGUGGCAGGUUAUGGGAGAGUCUGGUCAGGCGUUGGGCAAAUCGAUUGCCUGGUUGCUGGAGCGCGUCAAGCUGUCGUACCAGAAGUUUAUGGAUAUCGUGGGACGGAUCUUCCAAGGGGAUGCCAUGCGCUACUUGUCGUCAACGUUGGAGGAUUCGCUAGAGCGCUACGAUAGAUUUGUAAAGGAUGUCCAUUUGCAGUUUAUCAAGAACAUCCAAGACAUGUGGGAAAAGUGCACUACUAUGGCGUCUACGUUCUGGCACCGAAUGCUGCAAAACAUUGAACCAACGAUCAUUCGUCUGGCACAUUACGGUGAAUCGCUCGGUUGGUUCGUCGGAAACGAGAUUUUCACUUUCCUCUACAAUAAGACGCAAGAACUGGCCGAUUCGCCAUACUUCAACACGGUGACCAACUUCACGCAAGACCUUGACAUGCUGUACAAGGAUCUGGUGACGAAUGACGUCUUCACGAACCUCAAGAAGUACUCCUCGGUGACGUACCGGUUCCUGCGCGAGAAGUACUUCCAGCUGGUACCGUUCGGGCGCGAGUUCCACCAGGUGGUGAUGGAGCUUGUGGAGGAAAUCAAGGAGCUGCAGAAGAUCGAGUACGUGCGCUUCUUCAUCCAGCGCUACGAGGAGGUGCGGGCCAAAAUGGAGUGGCUCGCGGACGAGUUCCAGGUCGAACGGCGGUUGCAGCAGAUGUGGACGAUACUGCGCAAUAAGUUAUCGCACAUAGCGCAGACGGCACUGCAGGCCGAAAACCACUACCGCGAGGCGAAGACAAAGUUCAUCUUCGAUCCCGACCACGGCGUGAUGGAGCUGGAGCAGAAGCUACCGAUGUCCUGGCAUGCGUUCAACGAGACGCCCAAGUUUGAGGAGAUACCGGAGUUUAAGUUUAUUGGCGAUAUUCAGGAUCUGUUUGCCGGGAGCAACACGACCCUAUGGACGCUGUACAACGACAUUUGUCCGUUUGCCGAUCCGCAGAUGUGGCUGCCACCGUUCAAGAGCGUCGGGUUGCUGGUCGGUUCGCGGCACUACAUGUCGUUCGAUAAGCGCUUCAUUUCGAUGGACUUGCGCGAGAUGGAACAGGGUGGCAGUUCGAACGAGUGCCGUUACGUUUUGGCCCAUGACUAUCAUAAUCGCACACUUACGCUCCUAUUGGAACCUUCGGUACUGCCAGAUGGUCGCAGUUCGCGGAAAAUAACCCUAAUCACGGAUGAUCAUACGCUCGAAAUUGAUAUUUUUGAUAUUAGCGUAAAGAUCAACAAGAAAGACACAACCGCCCUACCGGCCCUGAUCGGCAAGGAGACGGUGGUCUUCCGGGAGUCGGACCUGCUGUACGUUCACUCGCAACGAGGCUUCCUGCUCGCCUGCAGCCUUCGCUACCAUCUGUGUUGGCUGGAGCUGAGCGGAUGGUACUUUGGAAAAGUGGCUGGUUUGCUUGGGACGAUGAAUAAUGAGCCGUUUGAUGAUCGCACCACUGCCAUGCACCGCUUCAGUCAGUCUGAUGAUCAGUUCCUGAACAGCUGGGCUCUGCCGGGAUGCCGCGCUUCCGUGGCGACGACCAACAGCACGAGUAAUUACUAUGGUGCUUCGAACGAGCUGACCCAACUGUGCGACUCGUUCUUCCGCCACAAGCUAUCGUACUUUGCGUCGUGCUUCCCGGUGGUAGAUGUGACGCCGUUCUACGAUAUGUGCCUGGAUUUGGGUCAUCAUUUGAAAACCGACGUCGGGCCCUCGGAUCGUGGCGCUUGUUCGGCGGCGCUUGCCUACAUACAGGCGUGUGCGAUAGAGGAUACGUUGCUGCGCGUGCCGGAUAGUUGUAUCAGCUGUCAGCUUCUGAACGGUACACACGUACCCGAGGGAAGCUUCGUACCGUUGCGCGAUGCGGAUGUUCCGGCCGCUGCGGACGUGGUGUUCAUCGUGGAGGCCAAACCGUGCAACGAACGCUUCGUGCAAACGAAGAGCAUCAAUCUGCUGGUGGAUAGCAUCAACCGGGAGCUGCAGGAUUUGAAAAUACGCGACACCCGGUACGGUGUGGUCGCGUUCGGUGGUGCCGCUCCCUUCGACCGGGCGCACAGUGUCGUCGUGGGGAACAGCGUGUUCGAAAAUCACGACCGAUUGCAGCCGUUCUUCGAGCACAUCGUGACGGGCAACGGUACGAACGAGGACAUCUUCGAUGCGAUCAUACUGGCCUCGAAGCUCGUGUUCCGACCGGGCGCCUCGAAGACGUUCAUCCUUCUGCCGUGUUCGCGCUGCGCAACCUCGAAGAUGAAGCUUGACUUUUCCUCGAUCGUCCAGCUGCUGAUCGAGUACGACAUCAAGCUGCACAUCCUGGCCGACCACGAGCUGUCGUUCAACAAGACGCGCGUCUCUCGCCUGUUCUACGGCAUGGACAGUCGGGCCGCGUACACGAAGAAGGACGUGAAAGAGCUGGUCGGCGAUGAGGAGCUGCGGAAGCAGAUACGGCUCCCGAAGGCGACGCUCGGCGAGUGUAUUGCGUUGGCGAUGGAAACGAACGGUUCGGUAUUCGGUGGCCACAAGCUGCGCCAGGAUCAUCGGGCCAACGCGAACAAUACGAAAAAGUUCAUCAAGGUGUUUGCGAAACGGAUCGCCCAGACGGCGGUACCGAACAGUUGCCAAACGUGCGAGUGCACCGGGCACAACACCGGCGUGGCGUACAUGCAGUGCUUGCCGUGUGAAUACCCCUCGCCGUUCACGCUCGACGAUGACGACAUGACGGACGAGAAGUUCCUGUCGGUGAUGCAACCGGAGAACGAUUGGGCUUGGGAUGAGGAGGACGAGCAGUUGAUGCAGUGAGCGGUGGUGGAGAUGUUUAAAGCAUUUGUAUUUUUAUAUUUGAACUAGACUAAUAUGCCUUCAAGAUGGGCAAAACUUACCCAGCAGGAAACAGGUGUUAGCACAUUUUUACAAGAAACACUUGUCCUGCUCGAACGUACAAUCUUACCGAGUUUUCCGUUCGUACUUGAGUAAUCUCCGUUGUCUUAGAGGGAUACACAUUGCCUCGGUAAGGCAUACAUCGUUUAAGAAAUGCUUAAGCUUCACUAGUUGUUCGAAUAAUAAUAACAUUCAUAAUAAUGAUAAAAAUAAAGCAACUCGCCCGAGAGUU